AUGGUCAAGCCACUCUCCUUCAAGGGAGACAAGAAGCCGAAAAAGAGAAAGAGAACCGAAGUCGAGUCGUCGGACGCCGCCCAGUCUGGUUCCGGCGAGGUCGUCAGCGCAACUGCGACACAAGAAGCCGCCGAUGACGACAGCUGGGUUUCUGCUGAAGCUUUGGGCGAUGUCGUCGGCCCUGUUCUGUUCGUCUUGCCCACGGAGCCUCCGACUUGCCUCGCCUGCGACGCAAACGGCAAAGUCUUUACAGACUCAAUUGCAAAUAUCAUUGACAACAAUCCUGCCACGGCCGAGCCGCACGAUGUCCGACAGGUCUGGAUUGCGAACAAGAUUGCCGGAACAGAAAACUUCAGAUUCAAGGGGCGCUAUGGAAAAUAUUUGAGCUGCGACAAGUAUGGUUUUCUCAGUGCGACAUCCGAAGCUGUAUCCCCCCUCGAGACUUGGAAUAUCAUUCCCACAGCAGAUACGCCCGGCACCUUCCAAUUACAAACACAGCGCGAAACGUUUCUUACGGUCAAGGAAGCUACAAAGGCCAACGCUGCACCCGAGGUCAGAGGUGACGCGACGGAUAUCAAUUUCGACACCACGUUCCGACUUCGCAUGCAGGCAAGGUUCAAGCCAAAGCUCAAGGCUUCAAAGGAGGAAAAGGCCAAGGAGAAGAUCAGCCGGAAAGAACUCGAGGAAGCCGUCGGAAGACGUCUCGACGAGGACGAGGUCCGUACACUAAAGAGAGCUAGACGGGAGGGUGACUAUCACGAACAGCUGUUGGUGCUCAAGGUCAAGGGCAAGCACGACAAAUAUGGUUGA